GCGUCACCACGUCCACUGCGUGUCCCACGUGCAGAUGUUUAGGUCCUCGUGCUGAACUACGUCACAACACUUCGCAGUUGGAAGAAAAACGUUUGAAAGAGGUAAAGAUGCGACAUCAAAACAACAAUUUGCCGGAUGGAACAGAGGGACAUCUCGUGGAUAAUAUCCACCGGUUGUCUUUGGACUAUUAACAAUCUAGAAACAGUAAAGACAGUAUUUCCGAACAUUUCAGAAAGGUGGUUUGUUCAGAAAACCCCCCCCCGGGUUUGACAGCACAGCAGCUCUCAACCGUUUCACGGCUUGUAAACAGAUCCUCACACGUGACGAUGGGAACCGCGGCUGUGCAUUGUCUGUAGUCGCACAAAGGGAGCCAUCCAGCAGGCUGGUGAGCGAGGCAGGUGGUGAGAUGACUAGCCUGCCAAUUUACGACAAUAAGUCGACUCUUACGCUUUUCGUGUCUAUUUUGUUCUUAUGGAUGUAGGCAAGCUUUUUACGGAAAUAUUUCCUUUACUUGAUGUCUGAUUUGAGGCAACGUUCAGAGGGUAAUCAACUCAAAGCUUGUACACAAAGCUAGCCACGGCUGGUUUUCUGUAAUCUUUUUGGUUAACGUAGCUAGCUAGCCUUUUUAGCUUCAACGGCGAACUGUAAAAAAGGGGUAUUUGUGUGUGAGCUCACUAGCUCCGUUUUUACUGGCUGGAUGAGAUGUCAUUCAUGAUGGAGGAUUCUGUAGAGUCGGACUGGGUGGCCGUUCGACCAAAUGUUUUCGACGAAAAGGAAAGACACAAAUUCAUUUUCAUCGUUGCUUGGAACGAGAUCGAGGGAAAGUUCGCCAUAACCUGCCACAAUAGAACAGUACAGAAACGGACAGCGUUUCGGGAUUCGCUAUUGGAAACUGUCGAAUGCGACCUCGUAUCCCCCGUCACCGUCAAACUAGCCCCCGAGGCAGACAAACACAAAACUCCAAUAAAAAGUCCUACCAAAAGGAAAGAUGACAUCUCCACAUUGGUUAAAGUUAGAUGUAACGUCAGCCCGAAAGAAAUAAAAACGACAAAGAGCCCCAUUCGAGAGAGAACUGCGGCGGUGGGUUCCUCGUCAAGGCCAGCCGAGAGUGUUAUCAAAACACUGGGCUCGUGGGACAUCGUGUCCUGCAAGGUGACCGACAUUGAGGUCCUGGAACCAGCGGAUGUCCCUAGUUUGCCUCGCUCUCCGGAUGAUGGCGACGGAGAGGAGUCGGACAGCAGCCGAGAGGGCUACAGCUGGGCCGGGCUAUUCUCCUUCCAGGACGUCCGGGCAGCCCACGUUCAACUCUGCGCGGUCAACUCGGACCUGGAGCCCUGUCUGCCCCCCUUUCCCGAGGAGCCGGUGGGCAUGUGGACGGUGCUUUUCGGGGCCCCGGAGGUGUCCCAACGGGAAACGGAUGCCCUGUGUUACCAACUCCAGGUGUACCUGGGCCAUGCUCUAGACACCUGUGGCUGGAAGAUCCUUGCUCAGGUGCUUUUUACGGAGAGUGAUGACUCAGAAGAGUACUAUGAGAGUUUGAGUGAGCUGAGACAGAAGGGUUAUGAGGAUGCUCUCCAGAGGACCAAGAAACGUCUCCAAGAGCUGCUGGAGAGGCACCGGGCCAUGGAGAGUAUGGUGGAGCUGCUGCAGGUGUAUCCAGAGGAGGAUGAGGCCUAUGGAGAGUUACUGGAGGCUACAACACAACUCUACCACUACCUGCUACAGCCCUUCAGAGACAUGAGAGAGCUGGCCAUGCUGCGCAGACAGCAGAUCAAGAUCUCCUUGGAGACGGAGCGUCUGGGGCCUCGUCGUGUGGAGGGGCUGAGGAGGGAGGAUGAGGAGUGGACGAGGAAGGCUCACGCUGCCGUCCUCUCCAUACAGGACCUUACCGUCAAGUUCUUUGAGACCACCGCCAGGGCUCAGAAAGCGGUGUAUGAGCGGAUGCGUGUGGACCAGAGGAAGUUUGGCAAGUCGACGUGGGCUGCAGCUGUGGACCGCGUGGAGCGUCUGCAGUACGCCGUCUCCAAGGAAACGCUGCAGUUGAUGAGGGCCAAGGAGAUCUGCCUGGAGCAGAGAAAACACGGCCUGAAAGAGGAGAUGCAGAGCCUGCAGGAGGGAGAGGAUGCCAUGCAGCGGUUGGACCAGAUGGAGGCGCUGUACUAUGAGCUCCAGCUGCAGCUCUAUGACAUCCAGGCUGAGGUGCUGCGCUGUGAGGAACUGCUGCUCAACGCCCAGCUCACCAGCCUCCGCAGACAGAUCACUGAGCGGCAGGACGAGGUAGUGUACUAUGAUGCGUAUGAGAGUCCUGAUGCCAUGCGGAGGGUAGAGGACCCCUCGGCCUCUCUUCCCCCUCUCAGAGACAAGCUCAGCCAGCUGCAGCAGAGGACCAGACAGCUAGAGGCACGCAGGGGACGCAUCACCGCCAAGAAGGCCUACCUUAAAACCAAAAAGGAGAUCUGUAUCAUCAACCACAACCAGAAGAUACAGCAACGCCAAGGUAGUAAGGAUGACCAGACCCAUCUAGCACUGCAACAGCGAGGGGAGGAGCAGGAGGAAGAGGAGGAGAGGAGUAACGCCAGAAUGAGUCUGGAUAGGUCGAGAACUCUGGACAGACUACGCAGCUUCAAACAGCGUUUCCCUGGUCAGGUGACUCUGAAGUCCAGCAGACUGCGUAUGUCCCACGGCCACUCCCGGAGGAAAACCUCCACUCCCCUCUCCCCCGCGGGGAGGCCUGAGACCCUGGCUGCCAGUGUCCAAACAGACACUGUUGACCUCCCUGAGCUCUUUGCUCCUCCCUCUGAUGCCUGUGGUCAUCAGAGUGUCUCUCUACCCCCGCUAGGGGGCGCCACUGGGCCUCUCUCUGCCCACUCUCUUCCUCCCCUCUCAGCGAUUCCCUCCUCUGCCCCUCCACCUCCUCCCCCUCCUCCUCCCCCACCCCCCUCCCUCUUAGAUGACCUCUCCAGUGAGGGAGUUGAGUGGGCUCAUCCCACUAGCCCAGUCCGGCAAUCCAAGGCUGGGUCAGAUUCAGAGCCUCUCCCCCUGGCUCCCUUCUCCCCACGUUUCUUUGACAGCAGUCAGCUGCAGACAGCCAGAAAGAAACUGAAGAAGACAGCCAUGCUGGACUCCUCACAAUGGAGGAGAGCGAGUUCUCCCAUGGACGAGGUCCUGAACUCCCUGAAGAGAGGCAGCUUCCACCUGCGUAAGGCUGAGCUGAGAGUCCUAGCCCCUGACCCAGACGAUGACGAGAGCAACAACAUCCUGGCCCAGAUCCGGCAGGGUGUCCGGUUGAAGAAGGUGCGGACGCGGCCGGAACAGCGGCACACCAAGGGCUUGUUCCCCCACUCUGCCGACGCUCUGACCCGCUCCAUCCAUGAAGCCCUGAGACGCAUCAAGGAGGCUUCGCCUGAGUCUGAGUCUGAGGACGAAGGCCUGCCCUGCACCGACUGGGAGAACUAGAUACAAGAUACACACACACACACAACGGCACCGACUGGGACUCUGACCUUUGACCUCAGCCACUACCAUCUACUAUUUCUGGCUCCACAUUGACAGACUGAAAGCUGAGUAGAGAUGUUAACUAUUUCUUACUAUUUCUUCUGGUCUUUGUAAUGGACCACUAGCCUUAGCUCCUGGUUUUCUGUGUUGUGCUGACUCCUCACGCUCUAUAUAGUCAAGCACUUUGAGAACCUAGUAUGAAAGUCACUAUGUAAAAGUAAUUCCUUCACUCGAUUCCUUCUUUGUCCUGGACCAAGCGGGGGAAUAAGGCUCCUUGUCAGUGCACCGACUGGAGAGCUAGGGUUCUGGGAUCCCUUUAUAUAGAAUUAACUAUGAGGUUGGAGAGGUUAGGUUGCUGGGGUGAGUUGGUUUUCCGUUUGACAGGAUUGAGUGUUUUCUUUAAUGUUAAUUCAACCCCCCAUAGAAUAAAAUGUGUUAUUGUUUGGCUGGAACAAAAUGCCUGCACUCACACCGUCCAGUCCUCUGCAGGUGAGCGUGGCAACCCCUGGUGUCGAGAAGUCAUGAUAUUUUUCUCUGUAAAACCAGUGCCCUUUAAAGUCAGCUGAUCUGUCCAGCUCUACAAAGACAGGUGUCAUUCAUUCCAUACUCUAUAUUCAUAUUCCAUCAUGACACUUGUUUCUGUUGAUGGUUUUUAAAGUGUGCUUUUACAUUCUUUUUAAGGAGUUUUUUCACUGCUUUAUUUUCACUGUUAUUAUUUUUCAUGAGUCCACUAUUACCGUGGAGUCGCUUCGCGUUAUCUACGCCUGAUUAUUUUAUCUGUUUUAUCUAAGAGCUGUCAAAACUGAAACUAUUUCUAUAGGAACAAUCUCUGUUUACUGUAAUGAAUCAUGUACUGUGUAUGAAGGACAUGUUGAAGAGAACAUGAUGUACUGUUUGGAACUGAAGGACUGUGUGUACAACUGCUGUCCAAGUUGACAUUUGGCCAGGUCAAAGGUGGUAGUACUGUAUUUUUCCGGUCUUGAAAAACGCUCAGAUAGAAAUGUAUGGUGCAGAACUGAUAUGAUUGUCGUUCAUGUAGAACAGGGACCUUGUCAGCUCUAUUCAUUAUAUUUCUAUCUGUGUUUACCUCACUGAAUCCACCAGUGGUAUGGUACUGGUAACUAACCACAGUGAGUCAGUAGGCUGAGCAUAUGGGGCUCAUUCUUCAUGCUGUGUCUUCAUGGCAAGUGGUUAAAACCCAAUCAUGUGACUUUCUGCAGCGUCCGCAUAUCUCUGACUGGGUCUCUAGUCUGAAGUGGCUUCUUCUCCUUUAUCUGCACUGAAUCUAUAAACAGUGUGUAGGUGACAGCAACACAGUAUAUUGACUCAGAGGAAUUCGCUUUUCACUGUCCAGAUUUUAUUUUAGUGCAGAUGGAGAGAAGUUUAGGAGUGUAGAGGCAGCCAUUUUAGUUAUAUUGAGAUGCCCCCUUCCUGUCCAUAUACAGUACAAACCUGUCUAUUGGAAAAUCACUUUCAUUUUUGUCAGUUUUCUUCAUUGUAUUUGGGAUCUUUAUGUAUUUUGUUUAUUUUAUACGUGAUUUGUCAAAUCUUUUGUAUUAUUAAUUUCCGUCUCUUCUAUCUGUCUUUAGCUAACACUACAGUUUGACCUAUAACCUUUGACUUGUAUGACCUUAUGCAUGUGGCUGGCCUGGUCUGAUUUAAAGAUGAGUCCGUCACAAGAUAAGUGCAAUAUUAUUAUAUUAAACUGAAAUGUAAUAUAUAAUGUAAUGUACAUCCUGAAAAUACAUUGGCAUGCUUAAAAACAUCCUAAGUAUUUAUUGAAUAAAACACUUCAUGAUUUAAGAAAUGGAGUAAGAAUUUAUAAAGCAAUACCAUACAAAAUGUAAAUGUGCUUAAAUGUUUUCUUUUGCCUUUUACUCUCAUCUUACUGUUAUUGCAUUCCUAACUGCUUUAUAUAUCCCAGUUAUAUUUUUUCCCUUCAAAAUAAAACCAAGUCCCGAAAUGUC